GGGGCCGGUCUACGGAGGAACCACACCCUGAGGCCAAGAAGGUAUCUAAGGCCCCGGCUUCUCGGCCUUUACCUACAACUUCCACUUCGUCUGUCAGCAAGUCGCUUGUGACCAAACCACCCCCAACAGGCCCUUCAAGCUCCAAGCCUGAUAAGGCCCACAAAGGAGAGGUCAAGUCACAAACGGCAGGCCAAGCAGGACGAAAGAGGAAGUACUCCCAGACGAUCUACCCGGACAAUCUACGAGUAGCAAUCAUCGACAGGGCUGAACCGGAAGGUAAAAUCAGCGAUAGUCGAUGGCUGCUAUUCGAAGAUCGACUGAGGGAGCUUGUCUUUACGGGAGAGGGUGACCCACGAAGGAUGCAGUUUGGCAGCGCCACCCUUUACAGAGGCGCGAAAGUCAUGUGCUGCGAAAACCAGGAAUCUAAGGAUUACCUAGUCACCGCAGUAUCCGGCUUCCGUGACCUAUGGCAAGGAUGCGAUCUGGCGGCUGUAUCCUUAAAGGACAUCCCCUGCCGUAGAGUAUUGACAGCAUGGGUGCCACCACCAUCUGUGGAUCCGGCACGCAUCCUGACAAUACUAGGCAAGCAAAACCCCAACCUCAAAACAGACAGCUGGCGUCUUGUCAGUUCUACCACUGAGGGAGGGGGCCUGGUCAUCAAGGUAUCCAUGGAUAAGGAUGGCCAGGAGUAUCUUCAAGCUCGUGGGGGAAAAUUGCACUUCGGCGCCGGAUGGAUCCGCUUCCGGCUAACGCAUUAGGAGGAAGGAAGCAGCAGCUACUCAAUAUCAUGCAGAUUAAUCUGCAUCACUGCAAAGCAGCUGCUGCUGAACUCCUCCUAUCCCUCACGAGAUCUGAAGUUGACAUAGCCCUAAUCCAGGAACCCUAUACAUACAAUAAUAGGGUAACUGGGUUAGGGAGUGGGCAGUAUGUCACUUACGCGGUCUCCAAUGGUGAUAAGGUAAGGACGUGUAUUGUUGCCAAAAAGAGUUUAAAUCUUAUCUUCCUUAGCAACUACAGUGGAGGAGACGUCACGGUAGCGAGAAUGGAAUGCAAAUCCGGGAGGGUUCUCUUUUUCAUUUCUCUCUACCUACCGUAUGAGCGACCUGACCCACCCGGCCACGAGGUAGAGGAGCUGCUCGACGAUCUGGUCAACAACGGGCACAUAAUUAUAGGUUGUGAUGCCAACGCACACCACUUCCAAUGGGGCAGUACGAAUACUAACGUCAGAGGAUGAACACAAUGGACCUAUAGGUCUCCGAGUGGAGCAGUUGCUAAAUGCAGCUGCGCGUCCUUUAACCUAACCUAACCUAACGUUGUUUU